CCGGCCGGCGGCAUGGCGCGCGCUCUCCGACUCACGCUGACGUGCGGCGCCCUGGCGGCGGCGGUGCUGGUGUUGUGGCGCGGCCCGGGGGCGGCCGCCUCCUCGCCGUGGCGGCCCGUCGCAGGUCUGCUGUCCGGCGUGGCGGGGGCGGCGGACAGCGGCGCGGAGGCGGCGCUGGGCGUCGUGGGCGGCGUCGGCCGCGGCCUCGCCGGCGGAGUCGGUGAAGUCCAAGGAGUUGGAAGGAAGUUAGUGAAAGGAGCUACGUGGGUGGCGGGCGCGGUGUCUGGAGAGACGGCGGGCCGCUUCCUGGAGCUGGUGGGCCUCAACAGCACGUGCGCGGGGGAGGCGGAGGCCGGCUGCCGGCGCGUCGUCGACGAGCUGGUCACUGAGUACCUGGACGUCGACGACGUGUCGCUCACUCCACAGGGCAUCUACGAGGCGCUCAAGAAGCGCAUCGUCGUGCACCCUGGCACAAAGUGGUGCGGCGCGGGCAACGUGGCCCGCAGCCAGCAGGACUCGGGCGUGCUGGCGGCGACGGACGCGUGCUGCCGCCGCCACGACGGCUGCCCGGAGAACCUCGCCGUCGGCGAGGAGCGCUACGGACUCACCAACACCUGCAGCUUCACCAGAUCCCAUUGUGAGUGCGACCGCGAAUUCUACCGCUGCCUGAAAGAUGCCAACACGCUAGUGUCCCUCAAGGUGGGCGUCAUCUACUUCAGCAUCCUGCGACCCCAGUGCUACGAGGAAACUUAUCCAGUUGCCAGAUGCAAGAGCUAUUCGCUGCUGGGCGAGACGCCGCACUGCAGCGAGUACGAACUGGACAGGAGCGGCGAGCCCCGCUGGCAGUGGCUGGACAACCCGCACUUCUGACGUCAAUACCGGUCGGCGCCAUGUUGGAACUGGAGGCCACAGCUCACCUCACCAUCUCGCAACACUGCUUCAAUCUACAGUUCCAUUACUUGCAACUCUUACUAUUGAGGUUGCUCCACAAUGCCCAAUAAACUUCUUUCUUUAUAAAGAAAA